AUGAGCAACACCGGCGCCGGCGACAGCGCGGCCACGAUACCCGUCGUUGUCGAGUUUACUGGCGGUCUGGAGAUGCUCUUUGCAGACCAGCGCCGGCACGAAGUCAGCCUGGCCGCGCGGGAUGCCGCUAGCCAGCCCGCGACAGUCAGCUCGCUCAUCGACCACCUCUGCGACGAGGUGAUGCAGGACGGCCGCAAAGACCUGUUUGUCCUGGACGGUCACCUACGACCUGGCAUUCUGGUGCUGAUCAACGACGCCGACUGGGAGCUGGAGGGCGAAGAAGCCUACGAGGUCCAGAGCGGAGACAACAUCUUGUUUGUCUCGACCCUGCACGGUGGUUGA